UCUUCUACAAGUAUCAUUAAUACUGUGACUAGUUCUUCCAUGAGUAUCAUUAGUACUGUGACUAGUUCUUCCACAAGCAUCAUUAGUACUGUAACUAGUUCUUCUACAGGCAGUGACCAGACUACCUCUAUUUUAAGCACCACUAGCACUGAGGCUAAAGGCACUGGUACAAUCAGUUCUACUGAAGAAUCAGUUAUUCCAAGCAUAUCAACACCAUCAACAACAGACAAUAGUACAAUCAGUUCUACUGAAGAAUCAGUUAUUCCAAGCAUAUCAACACCAUCAACAACAGACAAUAGUACAAUCAGCUCUACUGAAGAAUCAGUUAUUCCAAGCAUAUCAACAACAGACAAUAGUACAGGUGAAACAAACAGUUCAGUGUAUGCUGGUAUAGGAGCUGGUUUAGCAGUUAUUGUCAUCAUUAUACUGAUACUCAUUAUUGUUGGUUGCCUGAUUUGGCGUAAACCUUGGAAAGGAGAGAAAGAUUCAUCAGAGCCUAUUGCAUUUGUAACUAUGAGUAGAUACUCAAAUCCUGAGAAUAGUCAGGCUAGCCCUAUAUAUGAAGAGGCUAUGGCCAGUGAAGACAUUACAAGAGACGCAGCACCAACCUCAAUGAGACAUCCUCCUUCUCAGCUUGAGAUGCCUACAUAUAUGUAUCAGGAUCCUUGUAUUAUACAAAGGACACAAGCACCUAAUUUGGGUUAUUUAUAUGCUGAAGUGGAUAAGAAGAAAGAGCCACAAAAACAAGUAGUAUAUGCUCAAGUUGAUAAAGAAAGGAAGAAGAGAGGUGAUGGCAUAGUGUAUGCUGAUCUUGACCCAGCAAGUACACAGGGUGGCAUCUUCACCGAAAAUAUUGCAGUCAAUGUCAUUUAUUCUGACAUUAAUAAUUAAAGAGGAAUGAAGUUUUAAUCAGAUAAAUAACCUAGAGACAGAACAGAAGUAUUAUUAUGUACAUGCCAUUAUACUUUUUGCUGAAUACUAUGUAGAUUUAAUGUUCUGUUUACAUUAAUUUUUAAAAUACAGACCCCCUCAGC